AUGCCGUUCCGACUCGCCGUCCUCGAGUGCGACACGCCCGUCCCCAGCGUCGAAAAGGAACGCGGCUCGUACGGCGCCAUCUUCGAGACCCUGCUUUCCAAGGGAACGAGCGUCGACUUCCGCCUGCUCAAGUACGACGUCGUCCGGCAGCACACGUACCCCUCGACAGGGGACGUCGACGGCAUCCUCAUCACCGGAAGCAAGCACACGGCCUUUGCCGACGAUGCCUGGAUCGUCCAGCUGGUGUCCUACAUUCGCGACGUGCUAAACACCUCGCGCACCCCCGUCGUAGGCAUCUGCUUCGGCCACCAAGUCAUUGCCCGCGCGCUGGGGGCCACCACGGCCGUCGCCCGCGGCGGGUGGGAAGUCUCCGUCUCGAGCGUCGACCUGAGCCCCGACGGGCAGAAGCUCUUCGGCGCUUCGUCCCUGAACCUGCACCAGAUGCACCGCGACGAGGUGGCCAGUGUGCCCGAGGGCCUCGUGUGUCUCGGCAGCAGCGCGCGGUGUCCGGUGCAGGGCAUGUACAAGCGCAAGGCGGUCUUGUCGCUGCAGGCGCACCCUGAGUUUGACGGCUUCAUCAUGGAGCAGAUUCUGCGGGCGCGCCGGGACCAGGGGAUUUUUGGGGAGGAGAUGUUUGGCGAGGCUGUCGGGAGGGCGGGCGAUGCGCAUGACGGGACCUUGGUGGCCGGUAAGAUUUGGGACUUUUUCCUGGAUGCUGUUGCUUGA